GAUCGAAUUAUACUAUCUCCAUAAAGAUGCUGGCAGCAGACAGAGGUACCCAGAUGCAGAAUCUGGUCAUUUCUGAUGGACUAGGAGGUCCUGUUCACUCCAUCGUUUUAAACCAGACAUCUGAUGCCCUUGGCAAUAUCUUGGCCUUUGCUCCGAUUCAACUGGAUUCAUUGUCUCCGGUGCUAAAAGUAGAAGGUCUGUCUCCCGGCAACCUGCCCUUCUCACGUCUCAACAUCAAUCCUAUCCAUGUGGCGUCAAUAAGGAUUCUACCCUUGGCAGGCCAAGAGAGAAACUGAAGAAAACCCACCAGUCUAUCACUUUGUCCAAUUCUACAUGCCUUGUGGAGCUGACAGCCAGCAAAGACCCGACUGCUCUCAACACAUCUGGAACAUGACAUUUUCGGCUGAGGGGGCUGAAGGUGCUGCUGUUAGUGUCCAGAUCAGCCCAGAUCCCAGCGCUUUGUCCUGUCACUCAGAAGAGGAGGGUAGCAAUAAGAAGCUCACCUGUGAUUACAA